AUGGCCGAAGCCGUUGUUGCUGAAGAACAGGCAGUUGAAGAGGAACGGCAACUAACUGCCGCCCUAGAGGAAGCUCUGUCGGAGCGUGCUCGUUCGCGUCCCUCUUUCAGUGAAGAACCUCAUUGGCCCCGAACUGCUAGAUUUGCAUCGUACGGUGGUGGCUACGGUAGUUUAUUAACGCCGCCACGUCGCUUAUCAACAGUGCGCGGUGAUUCUCUUCCUGGAUCUGCCUUUCGUUUUGCCGAUCGACGGUCAUCUGCAGGCCCUCGGGACCGAAGGUUAAGCUCAGCGACUUGUUCCAGCUCGGGCAGUUCUUACUUAGAGAGACGUGGUUCAUCGGUGGUAUGUGCGUUGCAAGAGAGGCGUUUAUCACCUUGUCCCAGUGAACGACUUGCCCCACUCGCAUCUGUGGGUAGUGUAGGUCCAUCAUACGCUGUAGAGUGUGAGUUAGCAUCGGUGGGUCCAGACUCAGUUUUUGCGGAAGACGAUGCGGAUUCCACCGAUGAUGAGGUGGAACAGUUUUCGACUGACAGUGGUGGUGGUGAAGCGACCGUGAUCGGGGAGUGCACAGAAUUGGCAAGCCGUCCUGCGCCACUGCCCUUGCGGUUAGACCGCGCCUCACAUUCGCGAGAAACGUUGUUCUAG